AUGGAAUCAGAGGUGUUGGAAGUGCCGACUUAUUUUCCUCUUUUGUCGCAGAACAUGACGACCAUCAGCAGGGCACUGGCUGAAUUGGAGAAGUCUGACACAAAGGUCCCAUUUCUUGAAAGAGAGGUGAGGGAAAGCCUCGCCCUUUUUGUCGAGAAUUCAUUGUUGAUAUCUGCUGAAAAAGGCUCAUUGAGCCUUGCUGAAGCCAAAGAGGAGCUGCGAAAGGAGCCUGUGAUGAAGAAAGCAGAGAGACUGAUUGGCCAAAUGUCUACGGUGUCUACCGAUCGUUCUUCUUUUGUGGAGGCGGUUUCUGAACUGAAAACGGAAUUGCAAUCUCGAAACAGAAAGGAGGAACCCUUGAGUGUGACAAACAUGGCUGAUUAUACUAGGAUGGAUCACGAACCUGAACCAGCUGUUGUUAUUUUUGAUAAUCAGCUCACGGAGGCCAAGCACAAAAGGCUCGAGAACUCUAGAAAGCAAAAAGAGUUUGCUGAGUUUACCGAGGUAAUGAUCAGCCCGCAAAAAUUGCUUGCCGGAGAAGAUGAUGACGAUGUUGCAGUGGAAGGUGGUCUUGUGGAUUUGCGUUGUCCCAUCUCUAAGCAAAUCAUGAACAAUCCAGUCACCUCGAAGAAAUGUGGCCACUGUUAUGACAAGAACAACAUUCUUAGCUUAUUUGGAAGACAAUCGAAUACGAAAUGUCCAGAAUGUCCGAUGCUGCUUUCCAGACAGGACCUAAUACCAGAUGAGUUGAUGAAGGUUAGGGUGGAGUUUUACAAUCGUGAUUUGGAGAUUCAAGAGAAAUUUAAAAGUCACAGUGAUAUUGUGAGGUUGUGA